AUGAGCUCUCAAGUAGUAAAAAAAGGUUACAUUUCGGUGAAGGAGGAUGGGUUUAAGGCGUGGAUUUGGUCGAAAAGAUGGAUGCAACUCAGAGAACAGACACUUACGUUCCACCGUAACGAGAAUACGUAUCAAGCUAUAGCUUUAGUUUUUCUGAAAGAAAUUACAAGUGUCCAGCGUACAGAUUUAAAGCCUUAUUGCUUAGAAAUUCAAACCAAAGAUAAAACCUAUUAUUUAUCAUGCAAAAAUGACGAAGAAUUGUAUUCAUGGAUGGAUGAAAUUUAUUCGAGAUCGCCGCUUAGUGGAGUAUCUAAUCCUACGAAUUUCGUACAUAAUGUACAUGUUGGAUUUGAUCCUGUUAGUGGUGCAUUUACGGGGCUCCCAGAACAAUGGACAAAACUUUUGACUUCAUCGGCUAUUACUAAGGAAGAUUAUGCUAAGAAUCCACAGGCCGUUUUGGACGUUUUAGAAUUCUACACUGAAAAUCAAAAACGUGAGCGUGAAGAAUUUGGCGAGCAUGAUCUAUUGCCUAAAAAUAAUUCACUGACAGAGAAGAAUAAACAGCAGAUGCAGCAGCUAAACAAUAAUAACAACGCCACAAAUGGAUAUGAUAUGUCAAAAAUUUCACCAAAUCACCAGUCUGGGAAUGGUGGCAUGAAUGGUGCGAAACCAAUGGAUCAAAAGACAUUUAAUAAUAAUAAAACAGACACUGCGGAUUCUUCGCGAAAAAUGUAUUAUGAUGAUACACGCCCGGAUCCACCCAGUCGACCACCAAUUACACCCAGACCUCCACAUACGCUCAGCUCACAACAAUCUUCAGUCUCGACUCCAAUCUCGCCUACUAAAAAUUAUCCUCAGCCACCACGCACUCCAAGUCCAAAUCCCAAACCACAACCUUCAGCUCAGCCUUCUAAGCAAGCGACUCCAAACAAAACACCGCAACCUAAUGCACAACCACCUGCAAAGAAAGCCACUGCUGAACGCAGAAUCAGCACAAUGACGGAAGCACAAAUUAUGGAAAAGUUGCGGUCUGUAGUCUCGUCAGGCGACCCUACAACUUUAUACAAUAAAAUCAGGAAGGUUGGACAAGGCGCGUCUGGUUCAGUAUAUGUUGCUAAAUCUCUUACCACUAAUGCAAAAGUUGCUAUAAAACAAAUGGAUCUUUCUCAUCAACCUCGAAAAGAAUUGAUUGUAAAUGAAAUUUUGGUAAUGAAAGAAUCUCAGCACCCAAAUAUUGUAAAUUAUCUAGAUUCAUUUUUAGUCAAAGGAAAUGAAUUAUGGGUAGUAAUGGAAUAUAUGGAGGGUGGCGCUUUGACCGAUGUAAUCGAUAAUAAUUCAUUAGAGGAAGACCAAAUUGCUUCCAUUUGUUUUGAGACAUGUAAAGGUCUUCAACAUCUUCACGGUCAAAAUAUCAUCCAUCGCGAUAUUAAAAGUGAUAACGUUUUAUUGGAUGCUUAUGGCCACGUUAAAAUUACCGAUUUUGGUUUUUGCGCCAAACUUACAGACCAAAAAAAUAAACGAGCAACCAUGGUUGGUACUCCAUAUUGGAUGGCACCUGAAGUUGUCAAGCAAAAGGAAUAUGGGGCCAAAGUAGACAUUUGGUCACUUGGUAUAAUGGCAAUUGAAAUGAUAGAGAAUGAGCCACCAUACUUGGAUGAAGAACCAUUAAAAGCAUUAUAUUUGAUCGCUACAAAUGGAACUCCAACAUUAAAAAAGCCAGAAAAAUUAUCUCAAGAGCUUAAAAGCUUUUUGGCCGUAUGUUUAUGCGUAGAUGUUAAAAGUAGAGCAACUGCUUUGGAACUUUUAGAUCACGAGUUCCUUAAAAAAUCAUGCCCACUUUCGGAUUUGGCACCUUUACUAAAAUUCAAAACGGCAAAAGAUGGUAGAGCAUAA